AGCAGAUAAAUGUCAUAGUUUUUGUGAAAAUGUCAUUGGAAAUGAAAGAAAUCGACGCAGAAAUUGAUGAAAACGAAAACGUGAAAGAAGACCAGACAUUAAUAGAUAACAAAGCUAUGGUGAACGUGACGACAGCGCCAUCUGAGCGGACGAGCUCGCCGACAGUUCGGGUCAACGUAGUCAAUACGCAACAGUCAACAGUUUCCGAUAAAUCGCCUUCGACGGAGCGAUCGCGGUUCAGAUUACGCAGGAGGUUCACUCUGCCUGUCGUCCUCAAUUCCUUCCUCAUUAUCAUCGUUCUAUCGUUGUUGGUGUUAUUGGAAUUCGGUUAUAUACCAGGCAACCAGCAAGGCUACUAUUGCGAGGAUCCUCAAUUAUCCUUCAAGUACAAUGGUGAAAUCGUAUCGCCGCUUAUGCUAGGCGUAGGAUGCCUCACGUUACCGUUCAUAAUGCUCCUGCUGGCCGACGUCCUAUCCAGGCGUUCCUACAAAAACAUCGACUUCGGCCUGAUCUGGUUCUACUACAAAGAGUGCACCAUCGGCUGCGUGCUGGUGCUGCUGCUCACCGAAGUCGCCAAGAUCAUCAUCGGCGAGCACCGGCCGCACUUCCUCGACGUCUGCCAGCCGGACAACGCGCUCGCUUGCCGCGCGGGAGAGUUUAUGAGCACCUUCAGGUGCACCAAUCCCAAAUACAGCCGGUAUUUCCUCACCGAUUCGUCCAGGUCGUUUCCCUCCGGACACGCGUCCGUCUCCUGGUUCACCGGCAUUUUCUCCGCUUAUGUGAUACAAACAAGACUGUCGACUACCCACACGGGUAGACUGUUGAAGCCCUUCAUGAUAUCGAUUUGUUUCACGUGGUCGUUGUUGUGUUCUCUGACGAGGAUCACCGAUAGAAGGCACCAUUGGUGGGACGUGCUGGCAGGAGCCAUGCUGGGCACCGCCGGGGCAUUUUAUACCAUCAGAUUGGUACAUAAUUUCGUAUACAGUAAUAGCGAUAUUUCUAAAGUGUCGUCGUCGACGACGACGUUGUUGGACGUGAAAAACAAGGACGCGACCAGCGUGAUCAUUUGAAUUCAGUUGUGGUUGAAAUUGUGUCGUUUUUGUAGGUGAGUUUGUAAGGCGAUGGCGGACGGUUUUGGAUAUAUUGUAAGUUUUUUACAGUAUUAGAAGUUGUAUAUUUCGUUUGAUCUAGUCCAUUUAUAUUGACCGAUAAAAAUAAAACUGCGUAUGUUAUUUAUGAACCGCCAAUAUUUUCAUUCGAACGGUUGUUAAUUUAAUUUCUACUUGUACAUAUUUUAUUUAGGACUACAAGAUGUUUUUAUAAAACAACUGUAGUAAUAAUUUAUAACGAUUGUACUCGAUACGCACUAGGUUAAUUUUAUUUAUUUAAUACCUUUAGAAAUUUAUACACAAAUAUUUUUAUAAGUACAAAAACUGUUUAUUAUUACGAAUAGGUACACCAAAU